ACAAGUGGUUCCUCUUACACAACUUGCUCCGAGUUUCUUGCUCUUUUCUCUCUCUUUUUUCCCCCCCGCUUGCUAUCCCCUCGCACGCAGAGGCUACGUCAAGUGUGGGAGCAUCCGGGGAGGACGCACCCCACGAGCACAUAUUCUUCGCCCAUUGCACCAGGGCUGGUCACAUUGGCAUCAAUCAUCCUCAGGGUGAUUUUUGCCGAGCUUUCCAUCUCGACACGUUUACCCCUCCGCUAGCCCACCGGGAACUAUUCGACCUCGACAAGUUUCUACGGCACAACCUAUCAAAGGACCCAGGGUCCCUCUGCCGUUCAAGACGCCGUUGGCCACCUUGGGAGCCUGUUGCACCACGGCGACAGGCAGCGGGAGAAUCACGUCCACCCCUAAGCACCGGCUGUAUCCGUCACCGCCACUGCCAGUCACCAUGGCGCCGCGGUGGAGCGCCUGGCGAGGCCCGAACAUGUCGGACUUUUUGCACAACUUGAACGUAACCAACGACAACAGAUGUCCGGACGAAUCCGAGUUCAGCUUUGAGGAUGCCCUGGCCAUGUUCACCAACUCGCAGUUCUUCGACUCCGGCUCGGGUCAGAACAUUGAUUAUCAGGCCCUUCCUGUCCACCCGGAGAUUGAGCAUGCAGCCCCUUCGGCGGCAGCCAGCACCGCUGACGAGCUCGCCUCACUUCUGGGUGACUUCACCAACCUAGACUUCAUAACGACAGGCGCUUUCGAUCUUGGGGAAUUCGACUGGCUUUUUGACCUGAGCGUCCCACUCCCCCACGAGGGCCUAGGCAACCUGCAGACCAUACAGCCCAACCCCCUAUCUCACCAUAAAUCCCCCGUUCCUCAGCAGCGGCCCCAACUGAGCUCCUAUGAUCAGCCUGACCCUGUAACAGGCGACAGCCCUUCGAGAAAAGCCAGUGUAUCAACACAGCACAGUAGAUCGCUGAGCUUUGAGGAACUACCUCGCCUUGCUGAGGAAGUGGACAGGCGCAAGCGCAACACGGCCGCCAGCGCCCGUUUCCGUAUCAAAAAAAAGCAGCGCUGGACGGCCCUCGAGAAGGCAGUUACUGAGAUGUCUGAGAAGGCAACCCAGCUGGAGAACCGCAUCACCCUCCUCGAAACGGAGAACAACUGGCUCAAGAACCUAGUCAUAGAGAAAAGCAACGGCAACGAGGAGUUCGCCGCCAAGUUCAAGGAGUUCAAUUUGAAGCAUAAGGCGAGCAAGACAACCACCGAGUCAUCUGUGUCAUCGGGCGCCGCCACGAAGAAAUAA